AUGAGCCAACAAAAAUCAACAACAACUGCUACUAGUAAUGCAGCAGCGAUGCCUACUACCACCAUGAACAAUCUUGCUACUGCUGUGCUGCCGCGGCCUGUGCGUCGGGUACUUCAAAACUUUCUUCUGGUUUGGCUUGAUGCCAAUUUCAAUGAAUCAAAUGAAGAUUUCAAAAGAUCAUUACAACAAUUACGGCGUAUUGUGGUAUCAAUCACAGCAUUCACAGAUGCUCAAGAAUGCAUCAAUUUUCUCAGUGAAAUAAAAACAGAAAAAGUAUUCAUGAUCGUAUCUGGUACACUGGGAUGGCAAAUAGUACCAGAUAUUGCAGCAUGGCCACAAUUAGAAUCAAUUUAUGUAUUUUAUGACAAUCAAGUGGUCCAUGAACAAUGGGCUAGAACAAUACCCAAGGUAAAAGGUGUGCACACAAGCAUCGAACCGAUUUGUGAAGCAUUACAAAUCGAUCGUGAAAAUUGUGAUCGGGCUAUGAUCUCGAUCAGUUUUAAUGGUAUUGAUCCGUUAUUUAUGUAUACGCAAUUACUGAAAGAAACGCUUUUGGAUAUUGAAGACGACGAUGCAAAAUCAAUUAAGGAACUUACUGAAUACUGUCGUCUUCAAGAUGAUAUUGAUGAAGGCGAAAUUAGGAAGGUCGAAAAAGAAUAUCGUGACCAUACGCCAAUUUGGUGGUAUACAGCCGACACAUUUAUCUAUUCUAUGCUUAAUCGAGGCCUUCGCCUCAUGGAUGUCGACAUUAUAAUUAAAAUGGGCUUUUUUAUUCGUCAUUUACAUCAACAUAUUGAAAAAUUAUAUCAUGAACAACAAGAAUCCAGCACGAAGGCUAUGGCGCCAUUCAUAGUAUUCCGUGGACAAGGUUUGUCAGUUGAAAAUUUCGACAAAAUGAAACAAACCAAAGGAGGACUUAUGUCCUUCAAUAAUUUCUUGUCCACAAGUGAAAAUCGCCAAGUGUCCCUUAAAUUUGCUCGAGAAGGAGCAUCAAAAAAUUCCAAUAUGGUCGGCAUCCUCUUCAUAAUGACCAUCGACCCGGCAAUAUGUUCCAAAUCGUCAAUUCCUUAUGCCGAUGUCAGCAAAGAUGGCUAUUUCAAAGGUGAUGAAGCCGAAAUUAUUUUCAUAACACAUACAAUAUUUCGCAUCGAUCGAAUUAAACAAAUUCAAGACGACUAUACUGAUCGCCUAUGUGAAGUGGAGCUUACUCUUGUAGGUAAUGACAAUCACGAAUUAAACACACUCACAGCACAUCUACGUGAAGAGCUCAAUUGGACAACAGGAUGGUCUCGACUUGGUCAUAUACUUAUUAAACUAGAUUCUUUUCGUCAAUGGCAUGAUCAUUUAUUUCGACGCAGUGUUGAAAUUGCGCAUGAACAAACAUGGAUUUCUAUUACCCGGGCAGACAACAAAACGGCAAAAACGGCGUUUAAACGUCUCAACAUCUGA